GCACAGGCUCGGGCGCCGGGCUCGCCGGCCCGGCAGGCGCUCGGCAGGGACCUGUGAACCUGGCGGCGGCCGUGGCAGCUGACUCCGCGGAGCGGCCGAACGUGCUUCUCCCUGCCUGGGCCUCUUGCGCUCCGAGCUGGCGCCGUGGGGCCGUGGCGGUGUGGGAAAGCCGGCGCCGCCGAGGGCCCCCGGGACGCGGCGGCUGAGGUAGCUUCCGCCCCCGGAGCCCGGGCUUCAGGCUGUCCUCCAGUGCCCGUAGGGAUGGGUGAAGCCCACCUGGCCUGUGGCACUUCUCCGUGGCCGUCUUCUCACUAGGGCCCCACAGCGGCAUUAGGAUGCACCUCUCAGCAGUGUUCAACGCCCUCCUGGUGUCGGUGCUGGCGGCUGUCCUGUGGAAGCAUGUGCGGCUGCGGGAGCACGCGGCCACUUUGGAGGAGGAGCUGGCCCUCGGCCAACAGGCUGCAGAGCCAGCCCCAGCUCUGAGGAUCGACUACCCCAAGGCGCUGCAGAUCCUAAUGGAGGGCGGCACACACAUGGUGUGCACAGGCCGCACACACACGGACCGCAUCUGCCGCUUCAAGUGGCUCUGCUACUCCAACGAGGCCGAGGAGUUCAUCUUCUUCCACGGCAACACCUCUGUCAUGCUGCCCAACCUGGGGUCCCGACGCUUCCAGCCAGCCCUGCUCGACCUGUCCACCGUGGAGGACCACAACACCCAGUACUUCAACUUUGUGGAGCUGCCCGCCGCCGCCCUGCGCUUUAUGCCCAAGCCAGUGUUCGUGCCCGAUGUGGCCCUCAUCGCCAACCGCUUCAACCCCGACAACCUCAUGCAUGUCUUUCACGACGAUCUGCUGCCGCUCUUCUACACACUGAGGCAGUUCCCUGGCCUGGCCCAUGACGCCCGGCUCUUCUUCAUGGAGGGCUGGGGCGAGGGCGCACACUUCGACCUCUACAAGCUCCUCAGCCCCAAGCAGCCUCUCCUGCGGGCACAGCUGAAGACCCUGGGCCGGCUGCUGUGCUUCUCUCACGCUUUCGUGGGCCUCUCCAAGAUCACCACCUGGUACCAGUACGGCUUCGUCCAGCCCCAGGGCCCAAAGGCCAAUAUCCUCGUCUCGGGGAAUGAGAUCCGGCAGUUUGCACGGUUCAUGACAGAAAAGCUGAAUGUGAGCCAGUUGGGAGCCCCCCUGGGCGAGUCGUACAUUCUGGUCUUUAGCCGCACCCAGAACAGACUCAUCCUGAAUGAGGCAGAGCUGCUUCUGGCACUGGCCCAGGAGUUUCAGAUGAAGACAGUGACAGUGUCCCUGGAGGACCACACUUUUGCAGAUGUUGUGCGGCUGGUCAGCAAUGCCUCCAUGCUAGUCAGCAUGCAUGGGGCUCAGCUGGUCACCACCCUCUUCUUGCCCCGUGGGGCAACUGUGGUUGAGCUCUUCCCAUAUGCCGUCAAUCCUGACCACUACACCCCAUAUAAGACACUGGCCAUGCUGCCUGGCAUGGACCUCCAGUAUGUAGCCUGGCGGAACAUGAUGCCCGAGAACACAGUCACACACCCUGAGCGGCCCUGGGAUCAGGGAGGCAUCACCCACCUGGACCGGGCUGAGCAGGCUCGUAUCCUGCAAAGCCGUGAGGUCCCACGUCAUCUCUGUUGCCGGAACCCCGAGUGGCUCUUCCGAAUCUACCAGGACACCAAGGUGGACAUCCCAUCCCUCAUUCAAACCAUACGGCGUGUGGUGAAAGGUCAGCCAGGGCCACGGAAACAGAAGUGGACAGUCAGCCUAUACCCCGGCAAGGUGCGGGAGGCGCGAUGCCAGGCGUCAGUGCAGGGGGCCUCAGAGGCCCGCCUGUCCGUCUCUUGGCAGAUCCCGUGGAACCUCAAGUACCUGAAAGUGCGAGAGGUGAAGUACGAGGUGUGGCUGCAGGAGCAGGGCGAGAACACCUAUGUGCCUUUCAUCUUGGCCCUGCAGAACCACACCUUCACAGAGAACAUCAAGCCCUUUACCACCUACCUGGUGUGGGUCCGCUGCAUCUUCAACAAGACCCUCCUGGGACCCUUUGCAGAUGUGCUGGUGUGCAGCACGUAGCAAGAGGGCCCCCCAAGCUUCAGGAGGUGGCUCCUCCAGCCAUCGUCCUCAGGCUCCCUGAGCCCGCUGUGCUAUAACUUCUGUUUGUUAUUUAUUGACAGAUCUGUGCCAGACCUGUGCCUCCAUGUUGUCUUACAGCGCCUAGGGUAUGGGUUUCCAGUGCUCCUCUUUUCGCCAGAGAGAUAGGACCCCAGCCUCCCUCCCAUCCUGAUCAUUUGUACCCCUGGAGAAGUUCCUUAGCAAAGAGGAGGAAGGAAAGUAAGAAUCCCAAGGAACCCCUUUGGCUAAGUGAUCAUGCUGUGUCCAGCUGAGUCCUUCUGGCAUCCAGAUUUCUGGAAAAUGAGUAAUCAUGAGGUUUUUGGGGUGGGUGAUUCAUCAGCUUCCAUCCCCAUGAAAUUUCCUAUAGCCCAGUGAAGGGAGUGUUUGCACAUCCAUUAAAUGAUAUAAGCAUC